GUUCUUUUUUGCCAGUGCCGGUGCGUCUAAAACUAAAGCUAACCAACUGAGGCAAAAUCAAGGCAAUUAAGGCAAAGGCAAAGCUCCUCUGGGCUGGGCACCGAGUUCAGUUAUCAUAAAUCAGAGUUGCGUUGUUAGGACUUAAAGAUCUGUUUCAUGAAAAGUGUGUUUUAAGUAACUUUGGUCUAGCCUAUCUUGGUCAAACAGCAAUCUUAAUCACACCUGUUGAUCUUAUUUAGGAUAGGACCCACUAACCAUGAAGAAGCUUAAUCAAGAAGAACCUCGCUGCGUUCAGUGCUCAACGAGUUUUUACUUCAGAGAUGCUGUAAAUCCCUAUGGCCACAAAUGCCCACGUAUUCUUCAGUGUGGGCAUUCAAUUUGUGAAGGGUGUCUGACCAACGGCUUUAAGUCUAACGGCUCCUUGACAUGCCCAUCAUGUGCAAAGAUAUCUGAAACAAAGAAACUAGAUACGACCAAUUUCAAGAAGACUGAAAUGCUCACUCUGAGAGAAGAUUUCCCCAUUAAUGUCUACGCAGUGGGACAGGUAUCAUUGAAAAAGAACAAACAGCAUAUCAUGGGAGAUGACAUGAUAACAUUUGUUCACAAAAAGAAGAAUAUGUCGCAACAAAAAACAGUUACGUGUAAAGAAUGUGCAGCGAGGCAGGCCGAUUGCUCCUGUCGUCAAUGCGAAGUAGAGCUUUGCAACUCCUGUUUCUCCACUAUUCACGACAAAGUGACUCUCCGAAAUCACGAGAAAGUGCCAUUGAUACUGAAAGAAACAAUGGAGUUCUUCAAAGAAAGCAUGUGCAAAAUCCACAGUGGAGCAUUUCUCAGUAUUUUCUGCAGAGAUUGUAAAAUAUACAUCUGCAAAGAGUGUGCAGUCAAAGACAGCCAUCUUGAACAUUGCUGCGUUGACACGUUUAACUUGAAUGAAGAGAAACUACCAGAAUUUUCAGAGCUCUUUGAUGAAGUGAAUGACGUGCUUAAACAUCUGCUUGCAACAAAAAAGAAGCUGCAGAAGCAAGAACAUGGAGGUGGUUCGUGUGACGAGGAGACGGAGAAGGUGGUGAGACAAGUCCAAGUCCACUAUAACUACCUGCACGGCUUGCUGCAGAGACAGGAGGAGGAACUGCUCAACAAGAUCCGUGGUGUGAGCGACUCCUCCAAGACUAGCUUGGCCCAACUGAACCAAGAGUUGGACAACAACCUUAAAGAAGUUGAGGACUUGCUUACAUUGAGCAAUGACAGUUUGAAGACAUACAAGAUCAGAGAGUUCCCUCUCAACUUCUUGAUUGAGAAGUUAAGGAACGUCACUGCGACACCUUGCCACUUGGUCUUGGAUGAGGGGGACUCUCCAAAGUUUGAAUUGGAUAUUGAUCCUAAUAUAACAGAAGCUUUGGCUAACCACUGCUCGGUGACGGUCCCGAGUCAUCAUAGAAUGUUCAAACUAUGUUCUAAAGAUGAUCUUCCUGAAUCAUACACACCUGAGGAUUUGAAAAAUCAACCAAAUCCAUUCCUGAAACCAGACCUCAAAUUUAUCAAAAGCAAGGACCCGAGUAUUGUGACUCAAAAGAAGCUGAUGAACGUGUUUGAACCCUCUGUGUCGCCUACCCCAUCACAGAUGAGUAACAGUAACAAGUCUCAGGCUGGAGCAUUAGCAAACAAGGGGUUCCCGAGAAACAACAACAAUUUUUCAGGAUCCACACACUCCCUGGCAUCUCACGAGAGCUUUGUGGAUCGACUCAAAAACAUCGAGCCACUGGCUGAAGAUACUGUUGAAAUGGUCCAAGUAAGUCAUUUAAUCUCUCCAAACAAUUUCUAUGUCCAGCGUUCUCGUAAUAUCCAGGACAUAGCUAGACUAAGAGCUUACUUCUCAAAAAAUGCCAAUAGAAGUAAAACUUUACCUGCAACGAUUCACAAUGCCGGAGUAUAUCUAGUGCACUAUUCCCAAGACAACUGUUGGUAUCGCGGCCGUAUUGUUAGAACAGAAGGUGACAUGUGUGAAGUGUACUACGUGGACUACGGAAAUGUUGCACGAGUGCCAAAGAAAUCGAUACGGACCAUGUCUGAGAAGUACUUCACCAUACCAGACCAAGCAAUCCACUGCAGCUUGAACAGCUGUACUCCCAUUGGAGGGAAUUGGUCACGUGAAGCUGUAAAACUCUUCUCACAGAUGACUAACAAUAAGGAAUUGGCAAUGUACAUUGAAAGAAAAUUUGACAUAAAAAACAAUCUUCAUGAAGUGCAUCUUCAAUUUGACGGGUCUUCUCUAACUGAUGCUCUAAUAUACAAUGGGUACGCAACUCGUGUAGCCAGUACUGCAGAUUUCGGCGGAGGAUUGUAUAAGCUGAUGCAAGAAAUCCCAAGAAUUAAGACGUUCAAAAACAUACCAGUGAAGGAGAAGGAUGAUUUUACUGGAGUAGUGACAUACAUCAAUGUGCCUACACAUUUUUAUCUACAGAAGAUCACAGAUGCAGGAGCUGUGCUUAAAAAGCUGAAAGAUGAACUUGAUGAAACCUACAACAGAAAAGCUAGAGGUGUUAAGGUGUUCACACCCGUCAUUGGAUUGCCAGUCGCAGCAAAGUUUGAAGAAGACGAUUGUUGGUACAGAGCGAUCAUAAUUGAUACUCCAGAGGCCAGAAACGUCCAGGUUAAGUUUGUCGACUACGGCAACAUCAGUAUGGUAAACAUCAAUGACAUUCGAGUACUUGAAGAGAAGUUUUUGAGGACAGCAGCUCAGGCUAUGAAGUGUUCCCUCCACGAAGUCGAACCACGCCACUCCCAGGGAUGGCCGACGUCAGCCAAAGCAGCUUUUGAGAAGCUGGUGAAUGACAAGCUGUUGCGUGUUUACGUAGAGAAAGUAGGGAGAGAUGAGAACAGUCCUGUCAGUGUGGUCCUGUACGACACGUUACCUCACAAACAGAUCAACAUUAGUGGUACUCUGGUGAAGACAGGGCACGCACUAUCUACUGGACAGACCUCGGCUCAAGCUGAAUAUGCCUGUGCCGUUCUACCUAGCGAUCCCGAGGCGAUUCAAUCAUCCGAUAAUAAAUCAACUUACUCAGAGAGUUCUGGUGUGUCCAAGGCCAAAUCUAAUCAUUCUAAAGAUCAAAAGACCAGAAAAGAUUCUGAGAAGGGGCGAGAGAUGUCCGUCAAGAGAAAUCAAAGUGUGCAACCUGACUAUAGUAUUGACAACCGGAUAAAAGUGGCACUACUGAAAGUAGUCUCACCGGCAGAGAUAUACAUCUCGCUAGGAAAUUCACAGAAACAGAUCGCAAAGCUUGUUAAAGAGAUGACAGAGUUCUACAAAUCAGACAACAAAGAAGAGGAAAGAGAUUGGAACGUGCAAGAUAUUUGUGCAGUUUUAAAUCCAAAGGAUGACAAGUGGUACAGAGGAGUGAUUACCGAAACAUCUCACACAAAUUUUAAGGUUUACAUCAAGGACACAGUUGCAUUGGUUGAGGCCAAUAAGUCUAUGCUACGGACACUGGAAGAGAAGUUUUUCUCUGUUCCGGAUGGAUCCCACAAGGUUCAUCUAGGAUCUCUAAAAGUCCCGGCUGGACUAAAAAUGUGGCCGAGUAGCACAAGUGACUAUUUGCGUCUCCAGAUGGAAGAGUCGGAGGCUCUAUACAUUGAAAAACUGGGAGAUCGAGUGACCGACUCACUUCCUGUUCGUCUCUGGAGGAAAACCCAACGGCAAGGAGGAGCUCUUGAACCUGUGAUUGAUGUAUGGUGCGAUGUCAAUGAAUCUCUCGUCAAUCUAGGCUUCGCUCUCUGGGACCGACCGACCAAUGAGUUAAUGCUCCACGAUGAUGGCAGUGACGAUGAUACUUCUUACGUCCAGUCAUGGCUGGAAAACUCUUUUCAGGGCAUUAAUGAAGAAGAACCUAAAGACAAAACUCAAGCUGUGGUGGCAGCAGAAGCACCAUACGUUUCAGAAGUUGAGAAUGUUAAUAUUAAACCAAAGGAGAUCUUCAAGCCACCUAGAGAUUCUGUGAGGAGUACAAGGGCAAACCGUGGCCGUUGUUUGUCUCAAAGGGCCGCAUACAUUCCCGCCACAAUUGGUCUUGGAGAAAUAGCGUCCAUAACCAAAUGGACACCAGCGGUGCCUUUUAAGAAGCUCAGCUUUGUAGCCAAACCGACAUACGUUGACUAUGAAUGUAAUAUCUAUAUACAGGACAGCGAUUCAGCUGUGGGAUCUACUUUGGAGUUGCUGGAGAAGGCUUUUAUUAGCCUUUAUGACAAAUCUGAAAAACGUCCUUAUGAUGAAGAGUAUGCAGAAGGUCAGAUCUGUAUCGCUUAUUAUGAAGUAAGCAAAAAGUGGUACAGAGCGCAAGUAAUAAAGGCAGGGAAGGAAGAUGCCGAAGUGCUCUUUGUGGACUAUGGGAAUACAGAGACCUUGAACUAUGACCAACUAAGAAAACAAGUGACCAUGGGCCAUAUUCCCAUACAAUGCCAUCGAUGUAAAGUCGAAGGAAUUUAUCCGGUAUCUCCUGACCACAAAUGGCCAGUAAGGGUUUUGGAUUUUAUUCACGGUUCCAUCGUUGAACAACACUGCGAAGUGAAUCUGCAAGAACCGACAGAUGAUUGUGAAGAUUACAUUUUGAUUGACCUAAAACUACCGUGUGGCCAAGACCUAUGGGAAACACUCCUCAGUAUGCACUAUGCAACUUACUUUAUUGAUGCUGAAAAACUAGAAGACGAUGAGGAGAUCAUCCAAGACCUGGAGAUUCAGCGAGCACACACAAACAAUAGUGAUUCUAAAGUUUUGGCUGAGGAAAUCAUGAAUGUCUGUUCGUCACUGAAUAAUAUAGCCAUUAAAACAGACAAUCCACUCCUAAGUCAGGAUCAUAUUAGUUUGCUGAGGGGACCAGAGGAAACUCCCAGCAGCUGGUACGAAGUUGUGGAGAGAGAAACUAAUGAGGAAAGGCAUAUUCUUAGAUACAAAGACUUGAUCCUGCCAGACAGUAUAGUAGAGGUUAAUGUUCAAGUGCUUUGUGUUGUCGCUGCAAACUCCGUCAAAAUAAUGAUUACAGAAUGUGACGACCCUGAGGUUAUGGAAUACAUAACAAGAUUCCAAAAAAUGGAAGAACAAAUUCAAGAGGAGGUUGACUUGUUGCCAAUGGUGGCAGAUCCAGUGAAGGAUAUGGCGUGUCUCGGUUGUUUCACCAAUGAUGAUGUUUGGUACAGAGCCAUUAUAAAGGAAGUGACACCUGACAACGAGUUUGUGAAUGUUUACUACGUUGACUAUGGCAAUUCUGAAUCGAUUCCUACAUCAAGACUGAGAGAUAUAAAGGCGGAAUGGACAGAAGUGCCCGUGCAGGCCAUUCAAGUGAAGCUGCACAACGUAACAGAAGGGCCAAAUUUUGAGAGGGAGCUUUGCAGUAUCUCCCUCUCCAGCUGCUUUAAGUACCCACCCUACGUAAUGGCCAUUGAGAAACGAUUCCCAUGCUUUGAAGUGGAACUCUACAACAGUGAUGGGGAACCAGCAUAUAAACCUCUGCUAGACGGUGGGAUAUUGUCCAGGGAGUGAAGCCUUCAGUGCCUUCUAAAAUGUUCAUAGUUCCUUUGUUAUUGGUUCACACUGCAGUUGCUAGUCAUUUGAACUGCUCUUUGUAUUUCCACUAAUUUCCACUAAGACUGCAGUUUGAAAUGUUUUACCAAACUUGUAUCUGCAUUAUGAGUUUAAAAUUUAUUCCAAAUGCUCAUAAAGUAACGUUUGAUAUAAGUCUUGUUAUUUAGCAGUAGUUUGUUUUUUACUUAGUAUAUUUUGUCAUUUAAUUAAGGAUGCGUACCAAGGACUGAAUAUUUGACAAGUUUAAAUGCUUCACCUAAAAUGUAUGUUUCUAUCCCUAUUAUAACGGAGAAGACUUAAAAUUUUAAAAUUGGCUUCUGUGGUUGGAUUAAUUUGUUAAAGUCAAUUGCAUUCAACAUCUUAUCAAUACUUUUUAAAUCGUUAUUUUAGGAUUGGAAAACACAUCUUGCCCAAGUAUUUAAUCAGUCCUUUACUUAAUAAUUUUUUGUUAACAACUUGAACAAUUGAUGUAUUUGUUACACUUUCGAUUUUUCAUUUAUGUAUUUGGUUUAUGUCAAUACUGUUAAUCUAUUCUACUUUAAUGAAUAGUUCCAUUUUGUUGUGUUACCUUAAUGUAUCUUGGUUAAUUUACUUAAAUUAAGAAAACACUAUUUAUAUGUAAGUUAAUAAAUAAAUUAUUGUCAUUAUUAAACUGUUUUAAGAUAUUUUGUAAUUCAGUGCAAUAAACAAAUUCUACUGGCAUACGAGUUGUUUGAUCAUAAAUUGGUCUGUUAUUUAUGAUUAUAGGCUAAUAUAAAAAUCUUUCCUGCGCCUAAAGAACCUUUUUCAUGACAUUCCUUUUUUUAUCGAGUUUGAAAAUCUUACUCAAUAGCCUACUGGUAUUUUAUUUUUGUGAAAACAUGAAUGUUUUUCAUAACAAAUAAAAAAAGAAAAAAGGGCAUAGCUUCAGUUCCAGUUUGGUGUUGUUGCUACGCCAAGAAGGGUCCAUUUUAUAGCAGAUUAUUUAGCACAAGUGAAACCAGUUACAUUCCAAAUUGUUGAUAAUAGUUUUAAGCAAUCUCCUUGUAACCUUUAACUUUAAGAUUUCUUUUACAGUAAGCUACUGUAGGAAAUAAUUCAACGAUAAACAUAUUUUGUGAUAAAAUGUUCUUGUUGGUAAAUUUAUUAUUGAGACAGAAUACAGUUUUGUAUUUUGAAAUAUGUACAGCAAAUGUUUUCUACGAUUGG